AUGAUUAUUGAAAAUGAAGAUAGUGAUUUGGAAAUUAUUUCAAAGUAUUUUAAAAAUGAGGCUGACGAAUUUGAAGUUUAUGAGGUACUCUCACAUUGUAAUUUAAAGGCAACAAGAUUUCUUAGUUAUCACCAUAGACAAGAUGAAAUACUAGAAUUAAUAUCUGAUCAUUAUUCAUAAUACAAAGAAAAAAUUGAUACUCUCAUGAAGUAAAAUGUAUGUUCUAUUUCAAGCAUAGAAGAGGAUUCUAUUCUUUUUGAUAUGACAAUUGAUUUAUGGGUUAAAUUUAAAUAGAAGUCAUAAUGUCUCAAAGAUGUGUUAAAAUAUUUGGACAUAAAGACUCCUGUAUAAAAUUACAUCACAAAUAUCCUAUUAAAGUUAAUUAAGGUGGAAGUAGAGAAUAGAUUAUAGAUGGUCACUCUAUUAGAAAUAAAAAGAUUUAGACAAGUCAUUGUUACAUUAUCCAAUCAAUAAGCAAUUGAAGAUCCUCCUUUAUAGCUUUUAGAUUUGUUAAUUUUGUUGCCAAAUUAUUAGUAAUUUGAAAGAAGAUUUUACGAAUAGACUCAAAUUUACUACAAGGAGUUUAUUUUAGAUACUAAUCCAUCAUAAUCAGUUUAGAUUGCAAAUAUCAUAUUCUAAGCUGAGAAAAGGCUUUCCAGUAAAUUUUAAAAUGAGUUUCAAUUAAGACUUAAUGAAUUACUUAAACAACUAAUAUUCAAUCAAGUUAAUAUGACUGAUUUAGAUUCAUUAUACUUUAAUACUGAGAUUAUGCUCCAUUAUGUUCGAUUUGCAUAAGAAAUAAAUGCCCUUCCUAAAUUACUAUCUGCACUUCGAAAACAUAUUUAUAAAGAAGUAAUAUGUAUUUUACAACAACAACCAACAUCAGCCAUUGAGAAUAUGUUAAAUUUAGAGAAGACUUGUCAAACUCUUUUCGAGCAAUUACCUAUGGAACAUACUAAUGCAACGAUCAUAACUCAUGCUAUUGAAGAUGCAGUAAAUGAAAAUUAUGAAAAGUAUUCCUUCACUCUUGCUUCUGUAAUAAAUCUUUAGAACUAGCAUUCCAUUAAGAAAUAUAAGCAUUUAAUAAAAUAUUUAACAGAUAAAGAGAGCUUUUAAAACUAUUAUGUUAAAUUUCUUAUCAAACGACUUUUGAAAGAAUAUAAUUAGAAUGAGUUAGAAUUAUUGAAUGAACUACAACCAUAUUGUAAUUCUGAAUGGAUUUCUGAGAGUUUAGAAUUCAUUAAAAAUUCAAAAGAAUCUCAGAAUCUCACUAAUCAAUUUUUACAAAAGCUUCGUUAAAAGAAGAGCCCAAUCCAAUUUCAUUUUCAUUUGAUUCCAAAAUCAAUUUGGCCCUAUCAAAUUGAGAAUUUAAUACUACCUUCACCAUUGAAUCAGUUCGCAGAUAACUUUAUUAAGAAUUAAUCUGAAGAUCUAUUAUUCUAAAAAAAGAAGAUAAUAUUUUAAUCUAAAUUGAGCAAACUGAAUUUAGUAGUCAAAAUUGAUCAUUAAUUUGAAUUAGAGUUGCCAUUGGCUUAAGGUUUGGAGUUGCUUAGAUUUAAUGCUUAAAAAAGUAUUAAUCAAAUAAGUAACUAUAAAUUAUAUAAUGGACUUAUUGUUAGAUCAGAGAAUAAUACCUUUAAAAUUAAUUAUCAGUAUAAACAUGCCAAUUAAAUUAUGAUUAUAAAUGAAGAGAUUUAAAUUGAGAUGGAGAAGAAUCAAUAAAUUAUCUCGGAUUAUUUGUAUGUUGUUGACGCUGCUAUUGUUAAAAUCAUAAAACAGAACAAAAAGAUUAAUUCAGAGAGCUUGAUUCAAGCGACAUUUGAUUUAAUAAAAAAGGAAUAUCCUAGAUUUAUUGAUUUGUGUGAAUAUGAUAUUAUAGAGAAAUAGAUUGUUAGUUUAUUAGAAAAGGAGAUGAUUAAAUAAAGAUUUGAUGAUUUUGAAUUAUUAUGAUCAAAUUGUUAUUAAUAAUUUAAUAUAAUUACUUCUAAA